CUUAGUUGCUUUACGGGAAAAGCCUGCUCCAAUUUAGUCUGGAAUUGCCCUACUUUAGACUUUUUCUGGUUAUCAAUCUGUACAAAGAAUCACCAAACUGAUACAGCGUGGACCAAACAGAUAAAUCAGGCUGCCGAGACAAUUGAGUAAUUCGAUCGAAAAAGAAACGGACAACCUCUCAAGCACAUCGGGUAAUUGACAAAGGAUUUUACGACACUAGGAUAAUGUAUAUAAAAAUAUGCAAGAAUCACAGGAAACUCACAUAUCCAACCACCUGGAUGAAAAUGUUGCUGCUGUCAGCAUAACACCUAGUAAAAAGCUCCAAAACAAGCUGCCUCAGACAGCACUGUUUCAGCCUCCUCGAGAGAAACUCCACCUCUGUGAAGAGAAAGCAAAGUCCUAUUCUAGCAGUCAUGAGUAUAAACAGGCUCUCCAGGAGCUUGUGCGCUGUGUGGCACUGACGAGGAUCUGCUAUGGUGACUCACACUGGAAACUGGCCAAGGCGCAUGUUAACCUGGCUCAGGGCUACCUCCAGCUGAAAGGACUGUCACUGCAAGCAAAACAACAUGCGGAAAAAGCCAAAGAAAUCCUCACCAACUCCAUUGUGUGUCCCUACAAUGACAAUACAGAUGUUUUCAAGUGUUCGGUUGAGUUAUUCCAUACCAUGGGGAGAGCCUUACUCUCCCUUCAAAAGUUUAAGGAAGCUUCAGAGAAUUUGACAAAAGCAGAGAGACUUUCAAAGGAGCUGCUGCAAUGUGGAAGGAUUAUAAAGGAAGAAUGGAUAGAAAUUCAAAUGCAGAUCAAAUUGUCAUUUGCACAGGUAUAUCAAGGUCAGAAGAAAUCAAAAGAAGCUCUGCCCCACUACCAAGAGGCUUUAGAAUAUAUUGAGAUCAGUAAAGGUGAAAAAAGUCUUGAGUGCGUACCAACGUUGAGGGAAUUGGCAGGUGUAGAACAAGCCCUGGGACUUCACAACGCAUCCAUCAACCACCUUUUACAGGCGCAUCUCAUCGUCCUGAGCAGAAACCCCUCUCAAGAGGAGGCAGCCGUGUCCGCACACUCCGUUGCCUGUGCUGCUGUCGCUUCUGGGAGGCCUGAGCACCAUGAUGUGGCUGAGCAGUAUUUUCAAGAUAGCAUGGCUAAUCUUAAGGAUGCUGAAGGGAUAGGAAAAGCCAAAUUUCUUUCAAUUCAAGAUGAUUAUUGCCAUUUUCUACAAGUCACUGGACAAAAAGAGAGAGCUACCUCCAUCCUGAGAGAGUCCCUGGAGGUCAAAGUGGCAGUGUUUGGCGAUCUCAGUACCGAGGUGGCAGAGACAUACAGGCUCCUGGGCGGGGCUGACCUGGCACAGGGGAACCAGAGCAGGGCCCACAAGAAACUGAAGAAGUGUCUUCAGAUCCAGACCCUCUUAUAUGGACCACAGGACAAGAGGACUCUGGCCACCCAGCAGACCAUGGAUGUCCUGUCCAAGGCCCCCGAGAAGGCCGUGAAGCCUCGGCAGCCCCCAAGACCCAAGGCGGCCUUCUGCACCGGCGGGCUGCAGCACACCAUGCUGGGGAAGGCCAGGUCCAACGCAGCCGACUAAGCCCACCCCCACCAAAAGCUCUGCUCAUGCCUGCCUGGGUGCUGACACUUAGGGUGCUCUAUGAAUCUCUCUUCAUCCAGAAGGUGGACUUCAACAGUCAUCGGACAGAUUUUCUAGGCUGUUUGCUCCAAAUGCAACAGCGAUCCCAAAAACCUCCCAUGGGCCACCUUUUGACAGUGGAUGCCCUUCCCGGUGAUCUGGCGCUGCUAUAAAGCAUUUUUCUUUUUACCACCUUAGUGGUUUUUCUUGCCAGCAAGAAUUUUUACCCACCAGCACUAUUGUGGCUGAAAGGCUUCUCUUCAAAAGUUCGAAACUUCCUGUGUAGGAAAGUAGACUCAACAUCUGAUCGUGUAAACACACACACACACACACAC